GCUAAACUACCCCGUCCGGUCUCUCCAGCGCUCGUGACACAACGAAGAAGAUGGCGUCGACUGAGAUCACCAAAUCGGUCCAAUGCUUUGGUCGCAAGAAGACAGCGGUUGCCGUGACUCACUGCAAGGCGGGAAAGGGCCUCAUUAAGGUUAACGGAGUACCCAUCGAGCUCGUUAAGCCGGAAAUUCUACGCUACAAGGCCUUCGAGCCGAUCCUUCUCGCUGGCCUUGAUCGCUUCCGCGGCGUGGACAUGCGCAUCCGCGUGCGGGGCGGCGGUAAGACCUCGCAGAUCUACGCCAUUCGCCAGAGCAUCGCCAAGGCCCUCGUUGCGUACUACCAGAAGUUUGUUGACGAGCAUUCGAAGAAGGAAGUAAAGGAUAUCUUCAUCAGGUACGACCGCACCCUUCUCGUCGCCGAUCCCCGACGUUGUGAGCCAAAGAAGUUCGGUGGUCGUGGUGCCCGAGCCAGGUUCCAGAAGUCGUACCGUUAGGUUGAGAAAUUUCUCAACCUGUAUAUUUUCCGGUCAAAUUGAAAAUUUUUGGUUGAGGUCGCUCUAAUCCUUUUUUUUUCCUAAUUGGUGAAUUUUGUCUCUUACUGAUGUUCUUGUUCACACAUGUUAUAAUUUGGAUCACAAAACGCUUCAUUUGUUCAUUCAAUUUCCCUUAAGUGUCCUAUGUGUGUUUUUGUGUGCUUUUGCUUGUUGGACGGGACUUUUAUUGCAAAUUAUUGAUGAUUUGCUUCUAUGAAAUGAAGAUCGGCAUUGUGUUGUUCUA